UGACGUGGUUUCUUAUAUAUGCUAUCUGAAACGGGAUGGUGGGGGAUGAAGGGAAAGUGUCUACAAUUUGUCUCAUUAUUUAUAAAGAUAUAAUUUAAGCGUCCUUUAAAUGGCUAGGAGGGUAAAAUAAGAUGAGGAAAAUGUUGGAAAAUGUCUAGUACUCGAAGAUUGGCAGGGGGAAUAAAGACAGGUGUAGGCUUGCUCCUUCCCUUGAUUAAAAAGAACCACCCAGAGUCUGUUACGCACUGUGCUGGGAUUGGCCCUCUGCAGCCGCCGUCCCUGAACUGUGCUUUUGGUCUCCUAGCAACAAGCGGCGGUAGCCGAGCAGCAGUUGGCUUGGGGUUGAUACCGGUGGAGAAUCUACUAAAUUGUACCCUGAAAAGACAGAAUGGAGAUGUCAAUGCCCCCACCUCAGAUAUAUGUAGAAAAAACUCUGGCUAUUAUCAAACCGGAUAUUGUGGACAAAGAGGAGGAGAUACAAGAUAUCAUUCUCAGAUCUGGAUUCACCAUUGUUCAGAGAAGAAAACUGCAUCUCAGCCCUGAGCACUGUAGUAACUUUUAUGUGGAACAGUAUGGGAAGAUGUUUUUCCCCAAUUUAACAGCUUACAUGAGUUCUGGACCACUUGUUGUCAUGAUAUUAGCUAGACAUAAAGCCAUCUCUUACUGGAAAGAACUUUUGGGACCAAGUAAUACCUUAGUAGCUAAAGAGACUCACCCAGACAGUCUAAGGGCAAUUUAUGGCACAGAUGACCUAAGGAAUGCACUUCAUGGGAGCAAUGAUUUUGCUGCAGCAGAAAGAGAAAUUCGAUUCAUGUUUCCUGAAGUGAUUAUUGAACCCAUUCCAGUUGGACAAGCUGCUAAGGAUUAUUUAAAUUUAUAUGUAACACCAACUCUGCUUGAAGGACUCACAGCACUUUGUAAGGAGAAACCAGCAGAUCCUUUUAAUUGGCUAGCUGAUUGGCUACUGAAAAAUAAUCCCAACAAGCCCAAGCUGUGUCACAAUCUGUCUGCAGAAGAACCUUGAAGUUCCUCAAAGAACAAAUCCUUAUCUUACUGUGAAAGACAUGCUUCUACUUUAAAACAAACCUUCCUAAGGGGUUUAAGUAACUAUGUGCGAAAUGAGUUGUUUUUAGAGAUGUUUUAAACAAAUGACUGUGUUUUAUGCAUAAGAUAGCAUUACCUAAGGUAAAAUAUAGCUUUAGGGUAUAAUUUUUGUUCUCUAAUAAGAAAAUUGAUUUUAUUUAGAAGUAUUUAAAAUGUUAAUGAAACAAAUUUUUUUUUGUGUGAUCAUAAAUGGGCAUCCAGUUAGGAGAACGGUUAAUUUAUAUAAGACACAUUAGAAACAACUGAAGAUGAAAUGACUAUGUGCCAAGAAAAACCUGCUUUCAAUUCCUGGGCCUCUUGACACACAGGCAAAGGUAGUGGCCACUGAAAUGCCACUAGGACAGGGUAGCUGAAGACACAUUUGAUGGUGUGUUUACUAUAUAGAAAAAGACACUACAUUUGAAAAACAAGUCUCACACAGUUCCAUUUCAGUUUUUUUUCUUCAAAAGGAGUGAGUUGUGUAUAGGGAGGUUAAAUAUCUUAGAGAUGAGAAAAAAAUUAGAACCCACUUCUUUAUCAUCAUCAUCUUCAUCUUUAUCAUCCUCCUCUACUUCUCCAUCUUCUCAUCCUCUUUUUCUUGUUUUCAGCUUUGAGGACUUUUUUUUUUUCUUGCCACAUAGACUUAUUUUCGUAUUUUGGUAUUUCAGCAAUUUAUCUAUUUUACCUGUUUUUCCUUGGCUUAGCAGCCUUCUUUUCCUAAGGCUUCUUGUCAUCUACAGCAGUGUUACUCCAUGUCUCUCCCAGUACAUCACCAGUGCAUAAGCCAGGAUGUUCUCUGUGGAUCUGGGGGCAAUAAUCAACAAGAAAAAGAUUCAAGGUAGCCUCUGCGGUACAUCAGGAUUCUUGGACUUUGUUU